AUAUAAGAUAUCUCUAGCUUGAGGGAGAUAAACUAGUCCUCCAGUUUGAUGGAAUACACAACUAUAUCCUCCUUUUCUUCUACCUUUUUCUUCCAACCUCCAUGCACGUAAAUAAAACAAACCCCUACAUAUUUUUGUCCUCAUAUAUAAGUUUUAGUCAUCCAUCACACUGUGAAGGCAGAAAUGAGAGGAACCUCUACGACCGUCCCCCUCCAAAACCCUAGCCUUUUCAACAACCCUCAAAGUUCUCUAGCAGGAGCACUAAAAGGAUGCAUUGGUAGCCUCGAUGGAGCAUGCUUGGAAAAACUAUUACUUCAUUGUGCAAGUGCCCUAGAGAACAAUGAUGUAACCUUGGCUCAACAAGUCAUGUGGGUACUCAAUAAUUUGGCUUCUUCUAAUGGUGAUCCAAAUCAGCGACUCACAUCAUGGUUCCUUAGGGCAUUAAUUUCAAGGGCUUCUAGGGUUUGUCCCAAUGCCACAAAUAAUAAUAAUCUCCAUAAUCUUGAAAGGAGAUUAAUGAGUGUGACAGAGCUUGCAGGGUAUGUGGAUCUCAUCCCUUGGCAUAGAUUUGGAUUUUGUGCCUCAAAUAGUGCAAUUUAUAGGGCAAUUGAAGGGCACACAAAAGUUCACAUAUUAGAUUUUAGUAUCACUCAUUGUAUGCAAUGGCCAACUCUCAUUGAUGCAAUUGCUAAGAGGCCUGAGGGUCCUCCUUCACUAAGAAUAUCGGUGCCUUCAUGGAGACCACCAGUUCCUCCAUUGCUCAAUGUGUCAAGUGAAGAAGUAGGCCUGCGUUUGGCAAAUUUCGCGAAAUUUAGAGAUGUCCCUUUUGAGUUCCAAGUGAUUGAAGAGUUGAACAAUGACAUGUUGUUGGGCCAAUUGAGUCCUUCAACUCUUCAACUUAGGGAUGAUGAAGCUUUGGUUGUUAAUUGCCAGAAUUGGUUAAGGUAUAUGCCUGAUGAUGAACAAAUUAAGGGUGUAAUUUCUUCUCGUGACAUAUUUCUUGAUAGGGUUAAGGAUUUAAACCCUUGUAUUAUGACUAUUGUUGAUGAGGAUUGUGAUUUGGGAAACACAAGUUUAACAUCAAGAAUAGCCACUUGUUUCAAUUAUCUAUGGAUACCCUUUGAUGCCUUGGAGACAUUUUUGCCUAAGGAAAGUAGACAAAGGCUAGAUUAUGAAGCUGAUAUUGGCCACAAAAUUGAGAAUAUUAUUGGAUUUGAAGGGAACCAAAGAAUAGAGAGAUUGGAGUGUUGCAACAAGUUCUCACAAAGGAUGGAGAAUAGUGGUUUCAUGAGUGUUCCUUUUAGUGAGGAAACAAUUAAGGAAGUGAAGUCACUAUUAGAUGAGCAUGCAAGUGGGUGGGGCAUGAAAGAGGAACAUGAUAUGCUUUUAUUAACAUGGAAAGGCCAUAACUCUGUCUAUGCAACAUCUUGGGUAAUGGUCCCACCACAAAUGGACAUGAGGAUUCAUGAGUAGCUUAUAAUAUAAUAGUAGCUAGUCAUAUAUAAUUGUUUUACUUCCAAGUGGUCUUUAAAUGUAUAAUGGUAGCUUUGAAUUAAAGUAGCGCCAAAAUUGAGAUGAAGUUUCAUUCUCAGAGUGGUCCAUGUACUGGAUGAGAAAUAACACGAUGGAUUUGCUUUUUCUGUCAUGGGUGCUGUAAUGUAAACAAGACAAGGGCUAAAUGCUAGAAUCGAAGAGAUACUUUAAUUUUAUCA